GGAUCUACGGUGGCCGUCUGAGGUCAGAGCGCGCAGGGGCUGCGCUAGUAAUGGAGGGGGUCACAGUCGGCCAGGUAUUUGACGCGGAAUGUAUCCUCAGCAAACGGCCCAGGAAGGGGAAGUUUGAAUAUCUGGUGAAGUGGAGGGGGUGGUCGUCCAAACACAACAGUUGGGAACCAGAGGACAACAUCUUGGACCCGAGGUUACUGGCAGCGUUUCACAAAAGAGAACAAGAGCGGGAGCUUCUGUUCCAGAAGAAGGGGAAGAGGCCGAGAGGUCGACCACGGAAGAUUCUGCCUGCGCCAACCACGACGAAGGACAGCCGCUCCUCGUCCUCCUCAUCCUCCGCCCUCUCAUCGUCAACCUCCUCCUCAGAAGAUGAAGAUGAAGAUGAGGAUGAAGAUCAGACAAAGAAGGCGAAGCCCGGCCCACGUGUCCACCCCGUCCCCCAGAAGAGGCCCCAGAUCCUGCUUGUCAAACCCACCUCCCCCAUCAAAAAGAAGCGUGGGAGGAAGCCGCUCCACCCUGACGUGAGGGCGUUACGACAGACGAAGAGCAGACCUCCUCCUUCUCCUCCUCCUUCUCCUCCUCCUCCUCCUCCUUCUCCCCCAUCGACUCCUCCUCCACGCCACCACCAGGUGCUCAGGCCGUCCAGAGACGACCCUCGGCCUGGCGUGAAGAAGCCGCUGCAGCCGGCGAGCUUCACUUACACCGGCCUGAGCAGGAGCUCCAGAGACGGGUCUGGCUCCGCCUCCUCCGCCAGCGCCUUCUCCCAGAGCGCCGCCGCCAAACCCGGACCACUCGGCUGCAUCUGGACCAACCGCUCGCUGUCCUCCUCCGCUCCGUCCUCCUCCCACCACAAAGCCUCUCUGUCCCCACAGAGGAAGAACUCUGUGUCCGAGCUGAAGCGCUCCGCGUCCGACUCGGGCUCUGGCAGCUGCAAAGUGCUGAAGCCGAGCGGCGGCUCAGCGUCCAUCAGUCUUCACAGCAGCUUCAGUGGCGGCCAGCGGAGGCAGGAGGUCAGAGGUCAGAGCACGUUGGUUCAACACAAACAGCAGAGUGUUUCCAAACAGUCACUGUCCACACCUCGAGAACGAGCCAAUCAGGCGCUGAGCCUCCGAGCCCUCAACCUGCAGAGCGUCAGCAAAGCCCCGGGCGCCGCCGGGUUCCAGAGCGGCAGCACGGGCGGAGCUGCAGCGUCACGCUCCAGCUUACGGAGCGGCAGCAUCGUGAUUAAAAGAGGAGUGGCGAGUAUGAAGGAGACUCGAGCGUCAGGGCAGCGCUCCGGUCUGACUGCAGGGGGCGCUGCCGAGCAGGGCAGGGGGAAGGACAUGCUGGCAGGAGGUGGGAGCUCCCAGAGCCGCAGCCUGAACGAGCUCAGCACCGGAGACUCCGACGAGACCAGCAGCGAAUCAGAGCCCGGCGCCUCGCUGUAUCCCAGCAACAGCCGGCCCAGCCUCGGCAACAACGCCACGGAAUCGGACACGGACACCGACUGGCGGCCGACCCGCAACCUGCUGGAGCACGUGUUCGUCACCGACGUCACAGCCAACCUCCUCACGGUGACGGUGAAGGAGUCUCCCACCAGCGUGGGCUUCUUCAAUCCACGAAACCACUGAGACCAGUGCAGAGCCCAGCUGGAGCCGGCGCUCUCCCACUGCAGCUCCCGGGCUCCACGCCGCUCGUCCACAGCUCGUCGACACACAGACACUUUGACUCUUGACGCACAAAACGUUUGAGAGGACCGACGGGACAGUUUGAUCAGGUGACUUCAGAGGAGGAAACUCAGCCACGGAUCAUCACAGGAUCUCCUGUGGUCACAUGUCGUAGGAACUCUGAUGUUCAGACGCUGCCUUCAACUGACGCUGGAUUCAGUCUGUGGAGAAGAAGACGUCUCCAGAGUCAACGAUUCAACAGCAGAAAGGAACCCCCCCCCCCCCAGUGUUAGGGCGGGGUUAGAACACACUGAUGGAUGUAGGCCUCCACCUCUCCAGUGCCUCAGGCUCCACUGCCGCCGCUCAGCUGCUCCCGGAUCAGUUUGACGUGGACGUCUGGGUCGGACCUGUAUCCAACACAAGAUGUGGCUUUAUUUUCCAGAGCAGCAUGUUUUGAAAGAAUAUUAAAAAAAGAAAAAAAAGAAGUGACGUCCGUCUGUGAUCCGUGAACUUUUGAACAUGAACAAUCCCACGGGGGUUUUUAAACUGUCUCUUUGUUGUUGGACCAAAGGUGUUUGGAAUGUGAACUGUUUGUUAUUUUCUGAUUGUUCCCUGAACGACUCACAGCCGGUCCCUCGUCUCAGAACAGACGUUCCCCACAUUUCUCACUUUUAUACAGUUUAAUACGUUGGUCGUUAUCGUGUCUUUCACAGGUGAAAUAUGUGUUAAUUUAUAUUGUAAAUAUGACUUGUUUUUUCAUGUUGAUCUUUAUCUGGUGCUCAUGUUGGUUUAUUAGCUUCAGACACGUGUAGCCUCUGAAAUAAACAAGAACAACCUGACGUCUGUCUGCGGCUGCUGUUCACACCUUCUCCAGCAGGUGGCGCUGCCAGGCAGCGACUGAAGCUUGUCAGAGGUCAGAGGUCACGACACCCAGACCUCCACACUCAUUAAAAGUUCCUGUUGACGAACAAACAGCUUCAUCGAUGAGGGUUUUCAUCACUACACACGUUUUAUUCAUUAUUAUAGAAUUGUCUUAUAAUGUGAGUACAUUUAUACACCUGGAGACCAAAUAAUCAAUUAUUGAUCAUCAAUGUUUUAAUGUAAAAUGUACUUUAUAACAUAAUUGACAUAAAAGACAUGAAAAGAUGAUAUUCACAAUGAAACCUUACUUAUUCAAUGAGUUGUAUAUUUAACUGAUAAUCUGCAGAAACACUGAUAUUAAACUGAGCAGGUGAAAUAAUCAUCUCAAUAAAUGAUCAAUAAUAAACCACA